AUGGGCAGUAUGGAGACGACUGCAGCGGAACUUGAACAGAAACUUAAGGUUUCCGAGGAGAAAAACAAAGAGGAAGUUCCUUCAAGUGGCCAAGCAGCUGACGAAGACUCUGGAGACGAGGAUGAGGUAGACGCUGCACCUGCUGGAGUGACGGGAGCUGCAAAGAAGAAGAAGAAAAAGAAGAAGCCCAAGAAGAAGACAAAAACAGGGGCCACUGCCCAGUCUAACCCUCCAAGAGUACCGAUAGAUCAACUAUUUCCAAAUGGAAGUUUCCCCGUAGGGGAAGAGUGCGACUAUAGGGAUGAGAAUUUGAAAAGGAAGACGGACGAAGAAAAACGACAUUUGGACCGCAUGAACAACGACUUUUUGACCGAAUAUAGGAAAGGGUCGGAGAUUCAUCGUCAAGUGAGGCAAUGGGCCCAAAAAACCGUGAAGCCGGGCAUGACUCUCACACAAAUUGCUGAGGGAAUCGAAGAUUCUGUGAGAGCGUUGGUAGGACAUGACGGACUCACUGAGGGCGAUUCCCUUCUGGGUGGAAUGGGGUUUCCUUGCGGUUUGAGUAUCAACAAUUGUGCUGCCCAUUACUCACCUAAUGCUGGAAACAAGAUGGUUUUGCACCAGGAGGACGUCAUGAAAGUAGACUUUGGCGUUCACGUAAAUGGAAGGAUUGUCGACAGUGCUUUCACCAUGACAUUUGACCCUGUAUACGAUAACCUUCUGGCUGCAGUUAAAGAUGCGACAAAUACUGGUAUUAGGGAGGCUGGUAUUGACGUCCGUAUGUGCGACAUAGGCGCCGCGAUCCAAGAGGUCAUGGAAAGUUACGAAGUAGAGAUUGGUGGCCAGACCCAUCAAGUCAAGCCCAUUCGUAACCUUAAUGGACACAAUAUCAACCAAUUCCAGAUCCAUGGUGGAAAGAGCGUUCCUAUAGUCAAGGGCGGAGACCAGACAAAAAUGGAGGAGGGGGAAACAUUUGCUAUAGAAACCUUCGGAAGUACGGGUAAAGGAUAUGUUAGGGAUGAUCUUGAAACAUCACAUUAUGCCAAGAACCUAGACGCACCCAAUGUGUCGUUACGUCUAUCUUCGGCGAAGAACAUCCUUAACAUCAUUCAAAAAAACUUUGGUACCCUGCCGUUCUGUAGGAGAUAUCUUGAUCGUCUUGGGCAAGACAAAUAUCUUUUAGGAUUGAACAACCUCGUGGCAAGCGGGAUCGUAGAAGCUUAUCCUCCAUUAUGCGAUAUCAAGGGCUCUUACACCGCCCAAUUUGAACAUACGAUCCUUCUUAGACCAACAGUAAAGGAGGUAAUUAGUAGGGGAGAUGACUAUUAG